CGAAACGUGUCUUGGAUGAAGCAAAGUGCCCCAAAGUCCUUCUUAAGGGCGCGCUCGCGACAGUCCUUCGGAGGAAGGUGGUUCGACGUUUCCUGACUCAACCUGAACACAUCGAAAGUCCUUCGGAGGAAGGUGGUUCGACGUUUCCUGACUCAACCUGAACACAUCGAAAGUCCUUCGGAGGAAGGUGGUUCGACGUUUCCUGACUCAACCUGAACACAUCGAAUUCCUCGUAGUUCAGUUUACUCAUGGGCUCCUGCUCGAUAUUCAACUGCUCUAUGCUGCGCCUGCGGGUCGACCCCAUGGUCUGCCACAAGCCGGUAAAGAGCAGCAGGAAAUCGUCGCGCACGCGGAUCUUCGACAUGCGCUUCAGAAACAGGAGCGCGAUCACGCCACAGACGACGGAGCCGAUGCAGGUGGUGAUCAGCAUGUUGCUGUGCAGCUUGGGGAUGGGCUGGAGCGAGGCGAACCCGGCCGCGGCGAAGGCCCCCAGCACGAGGACGACGGAGACGAGGAGCAGGAACGAGGUGAGCGCGAGCCAGAGCCGGAUUCUGGUGACGGAGUGGCCGAUGUACACGUCCGACAUGGGCAGCACGGUGCCGGCGCCGGCCAUGACGGUGGCCAUCGAGAAGAAGAAGGCGAGGCUGUUGAAGGCCCAGAAGAUGCGCACCUCCGGAUCGUGGCCGUGCGGGGGCUGCAGCCAGCCGCCGAAGGUGACGCUGGCGAUGAGCGCCGCGCCCAGCAGGAUGGCGUUGGCCGCGUCCACAAACACCUGCCGGUCGCGGUACAGGCGCUCCACCUCGUCCUUCAACUCGGGCAUUGUCAGCAGCAGCCUCUCCAGGUCGCGCCCGACCUUGGUGGGGUUCUCGAUGGCGACCUGCAUCACGGUCCGGCCCUGGAUGUCCUCCUCCGUGGUGCGGAUGAUGCGCUCCGUCGCGCGGCUGGUCAAGGGGCGCACGGCCUCGGCCUCGCCCUGCACCACGGCCCAGUGCAGCGGCGUGUAGGCGCAGCAGUCCUUGGCGUUACAGUCCACGUCCGGCGCGCCCAGCAGCUCGGCCACGGCCGCGUUCACGUUCGCGCAGGCCAUGUGCAGCGCCGAGCGCCGGAAGUUGUCCACGUCGUUGAGGUUCUUGCGAAAGGCUUUGGAGCGCGCCAGCAGGCUCACCACGCCGGUCAUGUGACCCAGCACGGCGUAAUGCAGCGGUGUCAUCCCGAACUUGUCGUGAAAGUCCCACGGUCCCACGGUGAGGGAGUCCGCCGGCAGGCCAAAGCCCUCGUACCACUUGAGCAGCAGGUCCACCAUUUCCACGUUGUCAGCGCACACCGCAAGGUGCAGCGCCGUCCACCCGUGCCGCGUUUUCUCGUGCAGCAUCGGAAUCGGGUCGUAGGGCCGGCGCAACGACGGCCACUCCCCCAGCGGAGACGGAGACGGGUCUAAGGGCUCGCGCGGCUGCUGUGGUGCGGCUGCUGUCGCGCGGCGCGACAGCAGCCGCGCCACCUCAAGCUGCUGGAGAACCACCGCACGGUGUAGUGCCGUGUAGCCGUCGGCGUCGCGUGCCUUGCUCACCAGGCCAUUGAACGGGGAGUUAUUGAGGAACUCGGCCACGAACUCCACCUGCCCCGCCGCGAAGGCCGAGAGGAGCUGCGAGUACAAUUGAUUUCUCCUAUAUCUAUAGUCUAUGCGGAUGUCCCCAGUCAGCUCCUCCUCGUCGCUAUCUACUCGAUCCAUCGGUUGAAGGACGAGGUGGAGCAAACCUGCCGCUGCUGCAUUUGCUCCCCUAUCCGCCGCUCGACUUUUUGAAUCCAUGCCCCCCUAUCCGCCGCUCCCUGCCGAUCUCUCCCUCCCCCCUGCGAUGUCGCGGCGCGAUGAACCCCGGGACGAUCCUCUGCUUGUAAGGCACGCAGAUUUCACUGUGUAGGAGCGCAAGCCAGCAGAGCCGAAUUCCUAACGCGGAGCUCUUCUUCCUAAUGGGACCGACCCGACUUUGUUUCCAAGCGCCUCGGUCCGGCCACCCACACACAAAGCGCACAUCGCCGUGCUGCGGAGCUUAUGAAAGCCGAUCAGGGCGCCGGCGACAUCCAGAGCGCAGCUAGUCGGCAGAAUAGUGCGCACAAUCCAACUUAAUCGAGAUUUCAGUUCAACUAACGAACUUGUCUUUUUUUCAAAGUCCUCGAAGAUCCGAUCCACUGCGCGAGCAUCAUAUGUCUUUAUUCAUCCGCAGAGAGGAUUCAGACUGGGCGCGACUGCGCUAUUGCAUCAUGUACGAGUUUGCUUCGCUGUCCCGCAACUUGCACUUAAUCGGCAACCACUUGCGGGCCGCAAGUGGUUCAUCCAUCAUCAGUGAACCCUGCUCCAUGGGGCAGGAGACAUGUCACACAGUGAUUGCACGGGCUAAAUUGUUUCUAAAAUUUACUUCAGUCAAGGCUUAGUUCUACAUUUCGAAAAUGUGUCUGCGUGUGUGUGUACCUUCUCGACUCCCAAGUCCCUUAUGGCUUUCUCUUCGAAAGUGGUUCUUCAACAGUCAAAUAUGUAGAUAGUAUUCUAGAGCACUGAUGUCGAGAACUUUGUUCGCUAGUGGAGAUCGGCUGAGCGCCAAGUGGGAAUCUUAUCAGGUAACAAACUCUUUACCUUUGAUACGAUUCCAGAGCAUUGAAGUCGAGAAGUUUGCUCGCAAGAGGAGAUCGGCUGAACGCCAAGUGGGAAUUUACCAGGUUUCCAAUCUACUUACUUGUGCCGUGUUUUCUCUGCGGCUACCUCCUCUUUACACAACGACGUGUUCACACAGCUAAUUCCUCGCAAAUGAUGGUCGGCAAUCCAUAUGAUCACAAAGCACGGGCUUGCUCUCAGGAUGGUGGGAAAAGUUUGCUCGGUCGACGGGAAGCUGCAGUAUGAAGAAUCGUCCGUCCAUAAAAAACAAAAAUGCCAAAUCCCAAAUAUUUUACGAAUAAAAAACACAAUGUCCAAUGCUCUGAAGGGCAAGUUUACAGCUUCCGUAAUACACAUGCUUCUUGUCUUGUGUUUUAGGGAUGUCGCCUUAUCGCGAAACGUGUCUUUGAUGAAGUAAAAUGCCCCAAAGUCCUUCCUAAGGGCGCGAUCGCGACUGUCCAUCGGAGGAAGGUGGUUCCCGGAGUCUUUCUGACUUAACGUGUACACAUUCAAUUCCUCGUCGUUCAGUCAACUCAUGCGCUCCUGCUCGAUAUUCAACUGCUCUAUGCUGCGCCUGCGGGACUCCAUGGUCGGCCACAGGCCGGUAAAGAGCAGCAGGAAAUCGUCGCGCACGCGUAUCUUCGACAGGCGAUUCAGAAACAGGAGCCCGAUUAUGGUUUAAGUAAUAUCGAGGAUAUGAAUUACUCACGUGGACUUUGGGCUUCAAAUUUCAGUAUCCCUAGCACACCACCUAUCUUUUGAUGAUCUGGUGUAUGACGCGGAUGGUAGUGCAAGUGGGUAAUCGUGUAAAAAUCUUCAGUAAUUGAGGUGACGAAUUCAAACUAAUGCGUCGAUUUUGAUGGCCAGUACGAGCGCAGCAUUUUAACAUUCCAUUCAGUGGAUGGUACCGGGAUGGAUGGAAGGGAGUGUGUCGAGCAAGAGCCCUGGCCUACUCCAAAACAUCACUCGUAUACACUUGUGCGAGAAUGACUAUUGCUACAAGACCACCGGGUGAGACAUACCGGAAGAAUGGAAGAGUUACAGGAGCUGACACGAGUGGAUGUCGCUAUCCAAAAGGUCGGGUCCUCAGGAAUUCGACAUCCUCAGCCUCAAGAAUAUCAGCUCGAAAAUCAACAUAAGUUGCGAGCAAAAUUUAGCAACAUCAAAACUAUGGUUGUAGAUGAGAUUCGGAGCAUCCAGCGAGAGGUAAGGCUGCAGCAGGAAACAUAACCGACAUUUCCGUAAAUUCAAGAGAAAAAUCAAAGCGGGUUUUAGAUGAUUUCAUCAAAGCAAGACCCUCGUUAAAACUUGUCGCAUCUGCAUUGAAUCCUGUGUAGUCAUGGAGCUCAGUAGGAUUCAUCGACAAAAACUGGUGAAAUUGUUGCACUCUUUGACGGAGGUGUGUGCGCUCGCGCACAUGCUU